UUGACAGUUAUUUCUUGAAUUUUCAAACGUGACAAAAAGAAAGCGAACAAACUUUUGUACAAAAUGAAAAAUCUUUUUGAUUUUACAGCACCACCCGAUAACGAAAUAACACUAUGCGAAGUAGACGGUCGAGUGCAUUCCAUGAAUAUCGAAUUUGCAAAUUUAAAUAUCUUUACUAAUGUGGUUGAUGGUUAUCCUAGUAUCCAUAUAACGAGAGAAUCUUUACAUCCAAUACGAACAGGUGAAGAUGCAAAAGAAUUGUUUAUACCGGUUGAUGUACCAUUUACGAAACACUUGGUGCAAAUCUUUUACGAACAAGGAUAUAUGGAAGCUUUAAAUGUAGCAGCAAAUAACCAACAGUUUAUAUUAUCAAAAGUGGCUCAGGGUGUUUUACAAAUGAUUGAUAUGAUCAAUAAGGUUAGAUUAUUUUGGGGUUCAACUGAUUUACAAUCAACCGUGUCUAUUAUGAGUACUGUUAGUCAAACUAGAAAUUGGCCAAACGGUAUAUUUAGAUGCAUAGCUUGGCAUUUUGAUCAAACCAAACUUGCUGUGGGAACUUCGGAUGAUGUAGUUAGGAUUUAUUCUAAGGGAACUAAUCUUGUUCCAAUUUUACGAUGUCGACAGCAAAGAAAUAUAAGUAUGGUUUCUUGGAGACCUUUGUGUGAUUCGGAAAUUGCUGUUGCUUGUGAAACUUGUAUUAUUGUUUGGACUAUUGAUCCCAAUUCAGUUGUAACUCGCCCUUCAGUUAGUAAUGCAAUAAUUUUAACAGAAAAUAAUCAUGCACCUAUUGUAAGUAUAGGAUGGAACCAACACGGUAAUAUAUUAGCCAGCGCCGCUGCAAACGACCAGAAAAUUUUAAUGUGGGACGUUGAAAUGACUAGAUCAACAGCUAUUAAACGUCCAGGUGGACGGGGGAAUAUGUUUUUAAAAUGGUCUUUAAGAGGAGACAAAAUGUUUAGUGCCACAAAUUCAGUAGUUUUCAGAGUUUGGGAAACAUUUAAGUGGCAAUCAGAAAAAUGGAACACUUUAUCAGGUAGAGUUCAAACAGCUUGUUGGUCACCAUGUGGACAAAUAAUCUUAUUCGCCACAACAGAAGAAAGUGUAAUUUACGCGCUAUCUUUCUCCCAAACCGAAUUGAUUUUUACAAAAGACACUAACACAAGUCCUAAUAUUGCUAUACCUUUAUUCGAUGUCACUGAAGUUGAUUUAGAUGGGAUUGUUGUUGGUGGAUUGAUUCAAAGUAUGGAUUGGGAUCCAACAGGAAACCAUUUAGCUGUUUUAUUUCGCGAUAGCAAUUAUGUAACCAUUUUUACAAUUACUUUUUUACCAGCUGUACAAAUUAAUGCCAGUUGUUUAGUUGCGGGUGCUCCAGAAGAAACUCCUUGUAUGAUAGCUUUUCAAAAGAAUUUUAAACAAGGUGCUUGUUUAAGCAUUGGUUGGUCAAGUGGUAGGUUACAAUAUUUUCCUAUUGUUUAUUCUGAUACUUCAGCUUCAAAUGUGAUUAGAUCUAUUGCCAAUACAUAUUGAUAUGUGCAAAUUUUUCUUUUACUAUGGAAUAAAAAUGUAUAUUUUGGA